AUGGCUACCAAACUCUCAAUAUCAGAAGAGGAUGUCUCCUGUCCUGUGUGCUGUGACAUCUUCAAGGAUCCUGUUCUCCUGUCGUGUAGUCACAGUUUCUGUAAAGUUUGUCUGCAGCAGUUCUGGGAACAAAAGGAUUCUAAUGAAUGUCCAGUCUGCAGGAGAAGAUCCUCAAAAUGGCAACCUCCUUUAAACUUAGCUCUAAAGAACCUGUGUGAGACUUUCUUACAGGAGAGAAGUCAGAGAACUUCAGCAGGGUCUGAGGAGUUCUGCAGUCUGCACAGUGAGAAACUCAAACUCUUCUGUCUGGAUGAUAAACAGCCUGUGUGUGUGGUGUGUCAGGCUUCAAAGAAACACACACACCACAAAUUCCAUCCAAUAGAUGAAGCUGCACUGGAUAAGAGGGAGGAACUCAAGACUGCACUGAAAACCUUACAGGAGAAACUGAAGAUCUUUGAAAAAGUCAAAUUGACUUGUGAUCAAACAGCACAACACAUUAAGAUCCAGGCCAAACACACAGAGAGACAGAUUAAUGAGGAGUUUGAGAAGCUUCAUCAGUUUUUACGAGAUGAAGAGGCAGCCAGGAUAGCUGUACUGAGGGAGGAAGAGGAGCAGAAGAGUCACAUGAUGAAGGAAAAGAUUGAGGAGAUGAGUAGAGAGAUAUCACGUUUUUCAGACACGAUCAGAGCCAUAGAGGAGGAGAUCAAAUCUGAAGACAUCUUAUUCCUGAAGGUAAAUGAAGAUACUGAAUGUUAUUCCAGAGCCCAGUGCACACUGCAGGAUCCACAGAUGCUUUCAGGAGCACUGAUCCAUGAGGCCAAGCACCUGGGCAACCUGAAGUUCAGAGUGUGGGAGAAGAUGCAGGAGAUUGUUCAAUACACUCCUGUCAUUCUGGACCCCAACACUGCACAUCCACAACUCAUCCUGUCUGAGGAUCUGACCAGUGUGAGAUUCAGUGAUGAGAAACAGCAGCUUCCUGAUAAUCCAGAGAGAUUUGAUACACAUGUAUUUGUCCUGGGCUCUGAGGGUUUUAACUCAGGGACACACUACUGGGAUGUUGAUGUGGAGAAUAAUACAUGCUGGGAUGUGGGUGUGGCCACAGAGUCGAACCAGAGGAAGGGAACAGGAGUUCAUAAUGGAAUCUGGUCUGUAUGUUAUUGGUCUGGGAGAUAUCAGUCAUGCUCCCCAGGACAGAAAUUCAUAACCCUCACAUUUAAUAAGAAACUCCAGAGGAUCAGAGUGCAGUUGGACUGGGACAGAGGAAAAGUGUCAUUUUCUGACCCUCUUACUAACACACACAUACACACUUUCACACACACUUUUACUGAGAGAAUGUUUCCAUUCUUCUAUGAUGUCUGUAAUCUCUCUCCUCUGAGGAUCUUACCAGUGCAGUGUCAUGUCAGAGUGGAACAGCACAACACCUACAAAAUGGCUACUAAACUUUCACUGUUAGAAGAGGAUGUCUCCUGUCCUGUGUGCUGUGACAUUUUCAAGGAUCCUGUUCUCCUGUCGUGUAGUCACAGUUUCUGUAAAGUUUGUCUACAGAAGUUCUGGAAUAGUAAAGAAUCCAAGGAGUGUCCAGUCUGCAGGAGAAGAUCAUCCAGAGAUGACCCUCCCCGUAACCUUGUGUUAAAGAACCUGUGUGAGUCUUUCUUACAGGAGAGAAGUCAGAGAACUUCAGCAGGGUCUGAGGAGUUCUGCAGUCUGCACAGUGAGAAACUCAAACUCUUCUGUUUCGAUGAUAAACAGCCCAUGUGUUUGGUGUGUCAAGCUUCAAAAAAGCACUCAAACCACAAAUUCCGUCCAAUAGCUGAAGCUGCACUUGACAACAGGGAGGGACUCAAGACUGCACUGAAACCCCUACAGGAGAAAUUGAAGAUCUUUGAAAAAGUCAAACUGACCUGUGAUCAAACAGCAGAGCACAUUAAGAUCCAGGCCAAACACACAGAGAGACAGAUUAAUGAGGAGUUUGAGAAGCUUCAUCAGUUUUUACGAGAUGAAGAGGCAGCCAGGAUAGCUGCACUGAGGAGGGAAGAGGGGUUGAAGAGUCACAUGAUGAAGGAGAAGAUUGAGAAGAUGAAUAGAGAGAUAUCACGUCUUUCAGACACAAUCAGAGCCAUAGAGGAGGAGAUCAAAUCUGAAGACAUUCCAUUCCUGAAGAACUUUGAGGCCACAAAGAAAAGAGCCCAGUGCACACUGCGGGAUCCACAGACAGUUUCAGGAGCACUGAUACAUGUGGCCAAGCACCUGGGCAACCUGAAGUUCAGAGUGUGGGAGAAGAUGCGGGAGAUUGUUCAAUACACUCCUGUCAUUCUGGACCCCAACACUGCACAUCCACAACUCAUCCUGUCUGAGGAUCUGACCAGUGUGAGACUGAGUGAUGAGAGACAGCAGCUUCCUAAUAAUCCAGAGAGAUUUGAUAAAUAUCCAUGUGUCCUGGGUUCUGAGGGUUUUAACUCAGGGACACACUGCUGGGAUGUUAAUGUUGAGAAUACUACAGAGUGGGAUGUAGGUGUGGCCACAGAGUCAAACCAGAGGAAGGGAAGAGGAGUGCAUGAUGGGAUCUGGCGUGUGGGUUAUGGGUCUGGGAGAUAUCAGUCAUGCUCCCCAGGACAGAAACUCAUAACCCUCACAUUUAAGAAGAAACUCCGGAGGAUCAGAGUGCAGCUGGACUGGGACAGAGGAAAAGUGUCAUUUUCUGACCCUCUUACUAACAUACACAUACACACUUUCACACACACUUUUACUGAGAGAAUGUUUCCAUUCUUCUUUGAUGCCUUUAAACUGUCUCCUCUGAGGAUCUUACCAGUGCAGUGUUGUGUCAGAGUGGGACAGCACAGUUAG